CACUACACAGGAAAAGCUCACAACUACAUCAGGUAAACUCACAACAACGGACACAGGAAAAAACUGGAUAGACGAACCGUGUCUGCCCCAUGAUUCCACACCAAAAACAUGCCCAUGGAGCACCUCUCCUCUACUUCUUGUUUCUUUGGAUGGCUUCAGAGCAGAUUACCUGACUAGGAACCUUACCCCCACCUUACAAAAGCUCAGUCAUUGUGGUGUACACACUCCAUACAUGAGAUCUGUUUACCCAACACUGACAUUUCCAAACCAUUACAGCAUAGUCACUGGUCUGUAUCCUGAAUCUCACGGAAUUGUUGACAACAAUAUGUAUGAUGAAAAAAUAAAUGACACCUUCCACAUCUACACAAACACAAAGAGUAACCCAGCAUGGUGGGGCGGGGAGCCUUUGUGGAUAACAGCUCGCAAACAAGGGAAAAAGAGUGCGUCUUUCUUCUGGGUUGGGUCUGACGUCAAUAUUAGUGGCCAGUACCCAGAUAUCUGGAAACCCUAUGAUGGGCAAAUACCUUAUGAGGAGAGGGUAGACACAGUGUUGGACUGGCUAAGUGUGACCACCAGUGACCGUCCAGACUUUGUCAUGCUGUACUUUGAUGAACCGGACCACACAGGACAUGAAGUAGGGCCAAAGGGACCAGAGGUGAAUGAAAUGUUGGGAAAGAUGGACAAUAUAAUCUCUCGUCUUAUGAAUGGGCUAUACAGAAGACAGAUCCACAACUGUGUUAAUUUAAUCAUACUGGCAGAUCACGGAAUGGAGAAGACAUCCUGCUCUCGUCGAGUGUUUCUGAAUUCUUACCUUCACACAGACGAUUACCUCAUUUUUGAUGGGACCAUUGGCAGUAUACAUAAAGACUUCUAUAUAGAGAAUAAGGUGGUGAAAAAAAAGAAAAACUCAUCCUCUGUAGAGGAAGUGAUGAAAAAGUUGGCAUGUAAGAGUGGACAUAUUCAAAUGUUUUCAAAGUCAGAUGUCCCUGUCAGACACCAUUAUACCAACAACAAAAGGAUUGGAGAUAUCAUCAUGGAUGUACAGGCUAAAUGGAUGGUAGCUAAAGAUAAACAUACCUACUGUUUAGAGGGAAACCAUGGAUUUGAUAACUUAUACAAAAGCAUGCAGGCUCUGUUCCUGGCACAUGGACCAGGUUUCAAACAGAAUUACAGUUCCCAGCCUUUUGAGAACAUAGAGUUGUACAAUCUAAUGUCAGAUUUAAUUGGGAUAAACCCAGCUCCUAACAAUGGAACCCCUGGGGCUCUUCAUGACCUGAUGUACAAGCCCCCUUCUCUACAGGCAACCCCUACAGUCAGCUACAGGAACUGUCCCCUCCCCGCAAGGGUGUCCACCCCACAGAACAACUGUAGCUGUCAUGUGAGUUCCCCUGUUGUGUACCCCCAGUCAGCUGAUGGUAACCAGUCCCUGCCCUUUGGAGUUAUACAACAGACCAGUGAUCUGGAAGCCUGUGUUCUACACAACACAGAGUACUCCACAGCUUACAGCCACAAGUUCAACAUGCCUGUGUGGACCUCCUAUGUCCUGAAAGACAGUCAGAAUUUGACUUUAAAAGAUACCUGUAUCAUCACUGAUGGAAGAGUUCCUACAAACAACAGUUCACCAUGCUCUGACUAUGAGAAUGACAAUGUGACAUUUACUUCACUGUUCAAUGAUGGAUUUAAAUCAAAUAGCAGCAACACUGAGCCGAGCCUCAGCUCCAAUAUCAUGCCCAUGUACCGAGGGUUUAAGUUGGGGAUCUGGACCUACUUGUGGAGAAUUCUGUCUGAUUUUGCCCGACAACCAGGUGACCUCAGUGUGACUGUAGGGCCUGCCUUUGAUUAUAAUACGGAUGGUCUGUCUGAAGGACUCACAGCACAAACAAAAUAUGUUGAUGUUGGCACAAAGAAGAUACCCCUUCCUACCCAUUUCUAUGUUGUCCUGGUUCGCUGUUCCAACUCUUCCCAUCUUUCCUCAGUGACCCGCUGCCCCGUACAGGAUCUAGACAUCAUGUCCUUCAUUCUGCCUAACUUACAGUCGGUUCCAAACUGCAUGCCAGAGGAGGAGUAUUUACGUGAGAACGUAGCAAGACUCCGCGACAUUGAGCUGUUGACAGGGCUAAGGUUCCUAACCUAUUUCAGUGAACAGACCUCAGCUCGUCCACGGACCUAUCUUCCCACAUCGCUCUGGCCCACACAAUAUAUUUCCUACAAAUGGAGUGACCUCCCUUGUGAAGACAAAAGCCAGAACACUUGCCCUGGUAAAGUUCCACUGUUACUUAUUUCACUGGAUGGGUUCCGAGCUGAUUAUCUAAAGCAGAAACUGACCCCCGUCAUUCAGAAGAUGAGGGAAUGUGGAGUCCACACCCCAUACAUGAGAUCUGUGUUUCCCACAGUAACCUUCCCGAACCACUACACCAUUGUCACAGGCCUUUACCCGGAGUCUCAUGGUAUUAUUUCAAACAACAUGUAUGAUCCGGAGAUUGGGGAGGUGUUUACGCUGUCUAGCAAGACUAAGUCUGAUCCUCGCUGGUGGGGGGGAGAGCCACUUUGGAUAACAGCAAAGAAACACCAUAAAAAGACAGCCACUUUCUUCUGGCCGGGGUCUGAUGUCAACAUUUCAGGAGUGUAUCCAGAUAUAUGGAAGCCAUACAGUGGUUCAGUGGGAUUUCCCGAGCGAGUCUGGGAGGUAAUCAGCUGGUUGACUUUACCAGAAGUUGAAAAACCAGAUUUUAUCACACUGUAUUUUGACCAGCCUGAUCACGCUGGGCAUCAGGGGGGACCAGAGAGCCAGGAGGUUAGUGACCAGCUUCUGAAUGCUGAUGAUAUGUUGUCCCGAUUAAUGGACACGCUUUACCAUAAGGGACUCCACAACUGUGUCAACAUUGUCGUUAUUGCUGACCAUGGGAUGGAUGACGUGAGCUGCUCUCAGGUUGUGAAGCUACCAUACUACAUGGAUAAAGAAGUGAUCAAGGACUUAGCAAUCUUUGGUGGGACAUUUGGAAGAGUGCAGACAAAAUUCAACAAAGUGUCCAAGUACAAGAUAUAUCCAAAUGAUCAAAACAACACCAGACCUGUUCAGGAGGUGGUAGGGGAUAUGAUGUGUCAGCACCCCAAGAUGAAAGUGUUUACAGGGGAGACAAUCCCUAAGCGGUUCCAUUACUAUAACAACCCGAGGAUGGGAGAGAUUGUACUGGACAUGCAGGAUCAAUGGCUGGUCACUGACUUGACAUAUUUUUACUGCUCUGGAGGAAAUCAUGGCUGGGACAACUUAUACAAAUCAAUGCAUGCACUGUUUCUAGCCCAUGGACCAGGCUUUAAAGAAAAACUGCAGAUAGAUCCAUUUGAAAACAUUGAGCUGUACAACAUGAUGUCUGAGAUACUGGGUAUUUCCCCAGCCCCUAACAAUGGGACCAUAGGAUCCUUGCACCACAUCCUGAGGAACCCCCAACCACUGACGGAAGCUCCCCUGAGGACAGAUCCAGACUGUCAGAUGUCUGGGAACCCCAGCAGUGUGUGGGUCUCAGUCUGUGGAUGUGUCAAUCAUCAGAACCAGACAGUGACUGAGUUGAUGUCUGAACAUUUCACCUCUACCCCUGCCUGGUCCUCCCCCCUGGGGGAACCUGAGGGGUCAGGAAACACAAGUCUUUGUGUUCUGAACUACACCUGGAUGGUGACAGGCUUUAACUGGGAGCUCAGAAUGCCAGCCUGGACAAAUGUUAUGUUAGUACCACAGAAGGCCAAAAGUGAUGAAGACAGGACACUAUGUGUGGUUAAUGAUCCUAGAAUUAAAGAGGCAUCAUGUAAUGACUUCACAGACCACUCCAGCAACAUCACCAUGGGCUUCUUGUACGACACAGAGUUAGUUUCACCUGGAAGUGACGAGAACGUCCAUUACCAGUCUAAUGCUGUACCAAUGUAUGAGGGUUUCUUAUCAGGUAUAUGGAAUGCGACAUGGAAGUUAGUAUAUGGUUAUUCUGUGAAGUACAGUAAUGUCAGUGUAACUGUAGGUCCUGCUUAUGACUAUAAUGCAGACGGAUUGGCUGAUAAGUCAUUCAAUAAAUCUAGCUAUGUAGGUAAUAGCAGUCUAGUUUUACCCACACAUUUCUACAUGAUAAUUGUGAAAUGUACGAAUGCCGGUCAGACAUUCCCGUGUGGAGAUGAUUUUGAUGUGUUAUCCUUCAUUCUUCCUCAUGUGGACACAAUUCCAAACUGUCUGACAGAAGACCAGUAUCUAUCAGACAAUGUUGCCAGAGUGAGAGACAUAGAGCUCCUGACUGGGCUGAAGUUUUUCUCCUCCUAUAACACUUCUACCAGAGCCAGGCUCUCCACAUUCCUACCUGUCAGUAUGUGGAAAUCUCUGACACCAAAGUGGAUAGACACAGAAUGUGGAUCACAAACCUGUCACUCACAAUACCGGCCUCUGAUUCUGAUUUCACUGGAUGGCUUCCGAGCUGAUUACCUGUUACGUAAUUUCACUCCUAACAUUCGGCGCCUCAGUCAGUGUGGUGUACACGCCCCUUACAUGAGAUCAGUCUACCCUACCAAGACAUUCCCCAACCAUUACACUAUAGUCACGGGACUUUACCCAGAAUCACAUGGCAUCAUCGACAAUAACAUGUAUGAUACAGACAUCAAAGAAAAAUUUAGCCUUAGUUCUUCAAAUGCAUCAGACCCUCGAUGGUGGGGUGGAGAACCAAUUUGGAAUACAGUUAAAAAACACAAUAAGAUAUCUGCAACAUACUUUUGGCCUGGAUCUGAACAUGAAAUAGAAGGCAUGCGUCCUGAUUAUUACAAAGAUUAUGAUGGCAAUGUUCCAUUUUUGAAUCGAGUGGAUACAGUACUUUCCUGGAUUGACUUGCCAGCCGAUAAACGUCCAGAUUUUAUCACUUUGUAUUAUGAUGAGCCUGACCACACAGGACAUUCCUUUGGCCCGGAUGACAUUGUUAAGAUUGGACAGGCCCUUGAAAGAGUUGAUGAGGCAGUGGGGAGGUUAAUGGAAGGGCUCUAUAAAAGAAACAUGCACGAGUGUGUCAACAUUAUAAUAGUGGCUGAUCACGGAAUGGCUGAUAAUGAAUGUAAUAGGCUGGUCAGCUUUAGAGAUUUUAUUGAUACCUAUAACAUGUACAUUUAUGAGGGAGCCUUCAGCAGAAUAGAUCCGUACCAUAAGUACGCCAGUGUAGGACUUCACCCUGUAUCACAUCCUUACCCUGUGCCAAGUAUUCUGGCCAAUCUAACCUGUAAAAAUCCACACUUUAAAGCAUUUGAUAAAAACCUUCUACCCGUUAGACAUCAUUAUGUUAACAACAAGAGAAUUGAACCAGUGAUUGUUGAUGUAGAGGAUAAGUGGUUGGUCACUUUCAGGUCACUGAAAGGUUAUAAUGAGAAAUACUGCAGAGGGGGUAACCAUGGUUAUGACAACUUGUACAAAUCAAUGCAGGCUUUAUUUCUUGCUCAUGGACCAGUCUUCAAACAGAACAUGUCAACAUAUGCAUUUGAAAACAUUGAGUUAUAUAAUUUAAUGUCUGAUAUUCUGAACAUAACUGCUGCACCAAACAAUGGAACUAUGGGAGCUCUAAGUCAUUUGUUGAGGAAUCCUCCAUCGGUAACUAGGUCAGAGGGUAACAAGCUUGACAGGAACGUUACUAGGGUAACGGCAGCAGAGUUUGUUACUGCUGUAGAUAACGCAGACUGUCAUCAAGCAUGCUCAUUUAUUCCAGAAAAAAUGUAUACAGCAGGAAGAUUCCUUGCACUGAGUUCACUGAUUACAAACAUGGAUAUAUCUGGUCAGCUUCCUUUCGGGGUUCCCUCUGUUCACUUACCAGGGGUAUCCCCAAAAAUCCUAUACCAGGACAAUUACAUCACAGGGUAUAGUGAAGAUCUCCGAUGCCCUCUGUGGAUUGCAUAUUCCUUGAACAAAGCACAGGUGGGUAGAGGUGUGCCAGAGCCCUCCCCCUGUGUGGUACCAGAUAUCAGGGUGUCAAGUCUGUUUAAUGGGUCAUGGUCCUGCAAUGUGACCAGUUCCCUUGGUGAUCAGUAUAGGUGGACAUCUCUAAUAAGUCAAAUGCCAUCAUCCAGAAGUAACCCAGAACUUAGUUCCUUCUCAUCUACUUACGUCCCUAUGUUAAACGCCUUCAAAACAGGUAUAUGGAAAAGCUUACAUGAUUACAUUGAUAAAUGGGCCGAGUCACAUGACUCUGUAAAUGUAGUAAUUGGACCAGUGUUUGAUUGGAACCACGACAGUCUUCCUGAUCAGUUUAAUCAAUCCAUGCACGUUCCUAGUCAUUUCUAUGUGAUACUCUCUCGCUGUUUGUCCCAAAGCCUGUCCUGUCAAUCUCCUGUCACCUUGUCAUUUAUCUUACCUCACAUUGACAAGGAGCCCAAUUGUCUGUCUGUAGAAGCCUACCUGCGAGACAAUGAAUCCAGAGUGAGGGAUGUCGAGUUGAUUACAGGAUUGGAAUUCUUCACCAUGUUACCUUUUGACAAUUCAAUCAAAACUAGAACAUAUCUUCCCAGUGGUUUAUGGUGAAAUGGUUUGAAUAAAACAGAAAAUUAUAUAAAUGUAGAAGUGUGCUCUAUUGUGUGUGUGUGAAGCAAGCAACCGUUUUUUUUUUGGUGAAGUGUUUUUGAAAGUGCAUGUACUUUUUAUGUUGCAUAUCAUUCCAUUUUUGUCAUGUUACAAAUUUAAUUAGCAUUUUGAUGUACCUGAUUGUUAUUUUUGGAACCAGAGACCUUCAUGUAUCAAUAUACUAUACAGAGUAAAACACACUUAUAGCGAACUGCCAGGGAUUUAACAGUUUUGCUUUGUUAUAAACGUAAUUUGUUAUAUCUGUUAAUUUCAUGAUACGCUAUAAAACCCCAGGGAAUAAAAAUACUUCGCUAUAAACAUGAAUUCAUUAUAAGCAUGGUUGUUAUAAGUGUGUUUUACUGUAUUGUUUAUACAAAUCAGUUUAUAUAACAAGUUUUGUUCUGAUAAAAAACAUGAUGGUUUUGUUAUUUGGAAUAUGAUAUCUUGAACACCAUGGAUAAGUCAAAGUGCCAACUACUCUUUCUUUAGAUCUAUCUAUUUUAACCUUGUUAGCUGGAAUCCUUGAACAUCUGAAGAUUUUUUCUCUGUCCCAUUGAGUUUGAAAUAGGAAAGUUUGACUGUACGUGAAUGGUAAUUAAACUGAAGGAGAUGUUUCGAAUUCAGAUUUGUUAUAACUAUUCAAAGAAAAUUUUGACUAUGUUUAUAACUAGACCCUCCUCCCAAAAUGGAUGAGACCAUCUCUCCCCUGUUUUACCCCAGGUCAUCAAUA